GUUUUCACAUCCCUCACUCUCUCUAUAUAUAGGUUGUUGUGUAGCUUCUUUAUUUUGGGAGAUACAACAUUUAUAAGUAUAUUAGGUACAUAUUUGAGCAUAUCUCUAUAUAAAGUAGAUAUAUAUUUCGAGAGAGAGGAGAGAGAUGGGCAGGCAACCAUGUUGUGACAAAGUAGGGCUAAAGAAAGGGCCAUGGACUAUUGAGGAAGACAAGAAGCUCAUCAACUUCAUCCUCACCAAUGGCCAUUGCUGUUGGAGGGCUCUUCCCAAGCUUUCUGGACUAUUGAGGUGUGGUAAAAGCUGCAGAUUAAGAUGGAUAAAUUAUUUAAGACCUGAUUUAAAAAGAGGUCUUUUAUCAGAAUAUGAAGAACAAAUGGUCAUUGAUCUUCAUGCCCAACUUGGCAAUAGAUGGUCAAAAAUUGCCUCUCAUUUACCUGGAAGAACUGACAAUGAAAUAAAGAACCAUUGGAACACACACAUAAAGAAAAAACUAAAGAAGUUGGGUAUUGACCCUCUGACCCAUAAGCCUCUCUCUGAACAAGAAGCUUCACAACAAGCUCAAGGGAGGAAGAAAAGCUUAGUGCCUCAUGAUGACAAGAGCCCAAAACAAGAUCAAGAAGAUAAGCAAACCAAAAAAGACAAACAAGAUCAACAUCAUACAGAGCAAGAUUUGGAGAAGAACAUCAUGACAUCAGCUUCUAUCGGGGGAUUUGGGUUUGGCCUUGGGUGUUGCAAUUUAGUGGAUUAUUAG